UACUUUGCCCCUGCCGAUUGACAACUCCUCUCUCAGUUAAUUUUCGGGAUCUCAUUUCUUUUCUCUUCGCCCGCACGUAGUCCCCAGGCGUGAGUCCGCCCCAAGGCGCUCCCCGGUGCCUCCACUGCUGCUACUCCGACAGCCGUCGCUGCAGCAGUUUCGACGGCCCUCCCCGAGCGCAAAGGUGACGCCCGCCGCUCCCUCCUUCCAUCCGAACAGGCCCUCCUCCACUGUGUCGAAUCGAAGCACUGGACCAACGCAUCCCCAACGCAGCCGCCGGUCCCCUCAUCGGUGUUGGUCGCCUUUGCUGCUCGAGAGGAUGUCGCAAGGAAGCUUCUGUGGCCGCUUCGUCGCAAGAACAGGCGCCAUGUCUCAAGUGCAGAUAGGCCAUAGUGGCCUCCCACUCGUCCCUUUCCCUAGGUGCGGUGAGCAGGUGUUGGAGCUCAAAUCAUGGAAACAUGGGGGGCGUAUCUUCUUCAAAUGCCGCAAGAAUGAAAUAGAAAUGCCCAGUAGAUGCGGCUUUUUCAAGUGGCUCGAGGAGUAUCAGGAGUUCCUUGUGGAGUCUGGUUUCUCUCAAAUGGAUGGGCGACAGAGUGCAGACAUCCAGGCACUUGGUGGUACAGUCGACAUGAAGAUGAAAGGAAAUGGUAGAGUUGAGGAAAGGAUGGACAAGCUGAUCAAAUUGGUGCAGUUGAUGGUGCUGAGCAAUGUAGUCAUUGCUGUUGUGGUCAUAUUCGGUGUGAUUGUGAUGCGUGUUAAGUGAUGUAGUAGCAAUGCUAGGCAUGUGGUCAGAGAAUGAUGUUAUAUGUGAAGUGUGUACAAAUUGAGGUGUUAGCUGUACCAUGUGUUACAUUGUUCAGUUUUAGGAUUUGCCUAUUCUACAUGGGCAUGCAAUAUCUGAACUUGUAAAGGAUAUGGGUUUGCGAA